UGACACUACCGUGACUACUACGGUAGCGUUAUCCCACACUUUCGUUCUAGACGAGUGCUGUCCUGGAGAUGUAAAGAUACCGAAUGCAAAAGUUUUGUUAAAUACAAUGCCAUCGCAACAACAACAACGACAGCAAUUACCAUGGAARAAUGUGGAACGACAUUACUGUGCCGUGUGCAAUGUUUGGAUGGGAAGCGACCGGCAGUCCAUCAUGCUGCACGAAAAUGGCAAAAAGCACAGAGAAAAUUUGGAGCGUGCCUUGCASGAAAAACGAGUCAARAAAGAGCAAGAAGAGAAGGCCCAGAAAUUUCUAUCGGAUUCCUUGAAGAAAAUGGAGCAAUCCGCUCUUGCAUCAACUGGAGUCGUGACGACCAACAACAUCAKCCAGCUUCAAAACCACAACCAAAAGAGACCGAGACCRRUGCCGGCAAMAUCGGUGCAACUACCAAGUAGCGACUGGAAUCGCUACCCGAAUCUGCCUACCCGAUAUAGUAACCACGGCCAUAACUCGCUUCCUCCACAAGGUAUUCCACGAGGUGGAUACUCCAUCGCUGACUCGUUGCAAUCAGGUGUUCAAAACUAUCGAGAACCCCAAAUACCAACUCCACAAACUGCCGCUAGYCAAACUCUUCCACYAAAUCAUUCUAGGAUCUCACAAUUCGAGCAAGAAAAAAUCGAUUGGCAAGCCCAAAAGGCAAAGCGUCAAGAAGACAAUAUUAAAAAGCGCAAGAACGGAGCAGAUCAUGAUASCAAAGAGGACAACGAACAAGAUGUAACCAAACGUCCAAAGAUCACCAUACUACCCGGCGAGGGAUAUUAUUCCUAUGACGACGCAAAACACAAAGACGAAGUGAAGCACGAGAGCAGCGUCAGGGACCAAGUAGAYAAGACAAACAAAACCAGCCCGAUAUAUCUAGAAGGAGAAAUAUAUUUUGGUCUUCUAGAGGAAGACAUGACUAUACAGUUAUGGACGGGCCCGUCCUCUUCUCGCACCGAAAAACAACAAGUGGAAAACAUAAGGCAUUGGAAGAACGCUUUAAUUGCGGCAGUCGUAAAUCGUCGGACAAAACCUGUCGCYGGUGAGUCGGAAGACAAGCUACAACCACCAGUUAUUCAUGUGAGUUAUUUAUCAUCCCCCGACGACGCCGAAGAAACGAUCGAAAAGAAAGUACCGCUAGACCGCAUUCGAAUUAUAUUGGGCGGCGAUGAGAAAAUCCCCGAUAAUUUGGAAGAGGCUCGUUUGCUAGCCAUGGGAGGCGAAGAAAUCCAUGUUUCCAGCAAUAAAAAUGGUGGCUCCGUAGCGAUGAGUGAUCAACAACAGGACAUCUGCGAAUCGACAGGACUGUCUGGUUGGUCGACAGUGACAAUCAAGAAAACAACUCUUCGACAGCAACACCGGGAGGAAAAGGAGCGUUUCAGUGAAAUGAAAGUCCAAGCCGCCCAGAAACGAGAAGCAGAAAAGAAGAGGAUCGUGGAGAGGCGACUGGAAGAAGCYAGAGCCUCCAAUGCCGACGAUUCUGCACUAGGAGCAUACGAUGUCUGGGGCAAGAUGGACUACAAAGGCGUGGACAUUUCGAAAGAAAUUCACUGUUCCGUCGAGGACAGGGCAAAGCGAUUGGCACCCGUAGCCUCCUCGCAGUCGUCGGACAAAGAAAGCGGUAGCKGUGCGACUGUUACGGGGAAGGUUGCUUUUAAGAAAAGGGGAAAGAAAAAGGGACAAAAAGCUGCCCGGCGUAGAACUUCGGCAGACGACGAUUGACGUGCGAUGAUUAACGUGGCUCAAGGAGCACAAAUAACAGYAGACAAAUUUAGMUACUGAAGGAGGGUCAUGUAGUAUGGUAUAUACAACUAUUAAAGGACUAGCAUUUAUGGACAUUUUAUGAUUGAAACGAGACCAGAGGCCGUUUGAAAAARCCACCUACGMGGCUUGACGAAAACAAGAACUAAUAGAUCAAUUUGYGGUUGAUUGAAAAAGAGGUUGUUCGUGAGCGAACUUACGGGUCCUGUCGGAAGCUAACGAUGUUUUCUUGUACACGGUCUUCGUGUUGUAGCUCCUUUGUCCUGACAAUCGAUCGUCGUUCGGUGUACGGAUGAGAAGGAGAAUUUGGGUAUGGUCGGACGGAUGUCGAUGAAAUUUGUUGCUUCGAUUCCAUCUCAUACAUAUUGGCCAUAAUGCUCACGCCUUUCCACUUCCCUGAUCUCAUUAAUUUUUCGAUUGUCUGCUUCUUCGACAUUUCUGUGUCGUUCGAGCCGGCUGACGACACCGAUGCAGAGCUAGACUCUAUCACAUCGGUAUCGGUAUCGAAAGAGUUACMUGCAUUCUUUUGGUCUUUGAUGAGGUUCGCGUAUUUUGAAACUUGUGACCAGUUUCCUGCGUUGAGAGCGACACCGAGGCCAGACACCAUCUGUUCCAUAGAUGCACAGCCCUCUUCAACGUCUUGRCUUUGAGAAGGACUCAAUGUCUGUCGCCUAGAAGAAGGCGAAUCGAUACCAYAGUUAAUGUCGUGGGAGGAGGCACUCGUCUCGCCRGCGUAUAAAGCAGCAGUCACAGCAAGCCCGGUCCAGUCRCCGCUAGCAGCGAGCUCAUCCAAAGUCUUUGUACGCUCUUGGUCUUCGRCGCAAAGAUGGCUGCGGUUUUCGGCAUUGAAUGAAUCCAAACUGGGAAGCGACAGAGAGUCAUCGUUUUCUGCAAGUUGAGAAGCCAACUUGUAAACACGAUCCCAAUCCGCAUUGUUGAUGGCGUCUUUGACUUCUUCAACUGGGCCGAAUGAUCCAUCUGUAGAACUUGAUAACGACCGUCUGAAGUUUCGGAAGCGAUUAUUGUUUCUACCACCUGCAAAAGUGGAUACCCGUGUAGCUCCGUCGUCGUCGAUCCCCUUAUUUCCAUGAGGAGAGCGCGAAACGCGUGCUGCCUUUCGACGGCGUGCUUCAAAGUAGAAGAAAACUACAAUGAGAGCGGCGACGGCACAAGAAAUUGAAAUGAUUGCACCCAUGUUCAAAACAUUGUCUUCCUUCUCUACUUGUACAACAGUAAAAGUGCUGGGUUCUUCCUGCGCUGAAACUGGAGGUGACAUGCGUUUCGGUUCGUUCGAUGAAACAAUUGGAAUUUUAGAAUCGGGAAUAUGAUCAAUGAAGUCCUCUGUGAAGUAUAUGAAAACGGAGGAAACAAGAGAAAAUAAGUGGUUAGGUCAGCUUAAAACUAAUGAAAUAACGAUGCAUACUCUAGUUUGAYGAAGAAAAAAUAGCUCACCUCCAAUCGAAGAAUAAACUUCGGAACAAAGAUCAUUUCUCAAAGCAUCCUUUUCGACGUUUGAUUUGUCGGAUAUGAUGUAGCCAGCAUCUCCCCAUGAAGCAACCAAGUCAACUGGGAAGUUGGCAGUACCGGCGUGCUGAACUGCCUGGCGGAAGAAGGCCCUUUUCAGACUGCCGUUGAGACUUUCGAASCCAGUGCUACGGCAAGAUCCUUGGUCAGGAUUAGGCGCAAUCRUGUGACAYAAAUCCGUAACUUCGUCGGCAAAAUGAGACAUGAGAUAGCUGUGAUGUUCGAUGUGAGCUGCGUUCAUCAGCACUUGGUCACAUUCUUGCAUGAAAUCUCUUGUGCUUAAGUUCCGCGCAUGGCGGAUCCAACCAUCGGAAUCGUUUGCGUUAGCAGCAGGCCACAACGCGAUGGUCAGAGCCAUACAGUGGUAGAGUGCUUUGCCGUUGRUGUACAUGU